UAAUCCCACGACACAGAACCCAGAAAUCAACAGUCUUCCUUUUCUCCUAGUGUUAGAGAUUGAUCUUGUGAGUUUCCUGCUCUUCUACUUGUCACCAUGAAGCUCCUGGUAUUCCUUGUAUUACUUGGUGUCUCCACUAUCCUAGUCUCUUGCCAGGACGCAAACUCGACCAACACUGAUACUUCUGAACCUGCUGCUUCUGCAAAUAGCACAUCUGGUGAAACCAACAACUCUGAAUCUCAGACACCAGCUGAGCCUGCUGUUGAGAAGCAAGUUACCGAGUCUGGUGGUGAAACCCAGAAAAAUAGUGAGGCCGCUAAAGAGGUCCCCAAAAAGGCCACUGAAAAAACCUAUAAGAGAUUGCUGCACGAUAUUAUACCAGACAUUCCCAGAGAGUUUGCCAAAUUCAGAUAGAUUCUAUGAGUCAUGCCAUGAGUGUGUAUCUUCUACUAUUGAUAUUUCCAGACCAGACUAGAACUUCAUUGAUUUGAUUCCUCCAACUGUUUACCCUGGCUAUUCUCUCUCCCUCAUCUCUAACUUUUAUUGUCUGUCAAAUAAACAAUGGUUAUGAGCAGCAUCAAAA